AAGGGCCAGUCCCAAGAUGCAGAUAUAACCUGGCCCUUCUUCAUUUGAGUUCUCUAACAAACGGGGGGGGAAGUACCACCUGGAGUCCUGUUUUCUGUAUAGAUACUCAGGGUACAUCAGAACGCAGACAGAUAUCAAAACUCCCUCAUCACAUGCACACAUUGAGCUCAGGAAGCAAACACACAAACACACACACACACACACACACACACACACACAUACAGCUUUGUUGUUCAGCAGAAGAAACUCAGGACGUGUACUGUCAUCAUCAGCUCUUGACGUCUGUCUUCCUGCACUCUUCAGGCUCGGGCUGCUCUGAGCUCGGCCUUACGGACCGACGAUGCCACAGCCUGCACAGCAUCCGCUCACCAAAGUCCUCCUGCUUUGGCUCACCCUCCUCUCCAUCGUCCAGAUUGUCUUCAUCACCGUCUUCUUCACAGUCGGACCUCAUGACAGGUCUCAGAACUGUAGCGCUGUAGCAUCAGAAUCCGCAAAGCUAAUGAAGUCAAACAAUGCACAUUUGAGUCCUUCAGAGCAUGAGCAUCAACUGGGAAAGGGCAAAAUGCUCACCUUCAGGAGUAUUGGAGGAGGUAACAGAAGAAUGAAAUGGCAAUCAAAAAAUCCAAGUAAAGGCCUGAUCUCAGUACAAGAGGACGUCCUAACCAUAGAUAGGGAUGGACACUACUUCCUAAGUCUUCAGGUUACCUUGAAGGAUUGUAAUAAAAUUCAGUUACCUGAAGGCAAAUACGUCAACAUCAGUAUGAUAUUGACGAAUGGAUCUCAGAAUCCCAAAACUCUUUUGGAGGGCCGGAUUAGCACAGACACAUGCACAGGCUUCCUUGCCAGGGCAACAGAGCUCACCGCAGACUAUCAUAAGGUCACCAUAGACGUGGAAGCCCCUUCCACGUUUAUGGUGGACGAACAGGAAUCUCUUACCCACCUUGAUAUCAUUUACAUGUCUUCAUCCUGAAGUGUGUUCAGAUGUUACGAUGGCAGCGUCUUCUCCAGGUUCUCCUGUCACCAAACAGACCUCUGCCUUCGUCUUUACAUCAUAAGAUGAGUCGAUCACUUAACCAGCUUCAUGCAGUCAGAGCGGUGCCUGAUUCAAAGAAAACGCUUGAAGGGCUGAAGUCAACAAUAAGGACUGUCUUUUACCCACAGGCUGGAUAAAAAACAAAAAACAUUCUAUUAAAUUCUGAAAAGACUUUAAAUCCACCUUUAAACACAAUUCACAUUACUUCAAGAGCCCAAAUGAUAAGGCCAGUAUACUGUAUACAUAGCAGCUCAGGAUUGGACUAAAGUUGACAGCAUCACUACAAAUCUGUUUCUUGUGCCCCGGUGCUUAUUUGUUAUGAUUUCAAGUCAAACUCAAAACUCACUUGUACAGAACUAAUGAAAUACCAGCUAGCAUACUGUUGGUUUUGGGGGAUUCCCCCCCUUUACUGCAAAUAUUGUUCUCAUUGCUUCUCAGAUAUCAGUGAUCAGAGAGCACACCUGUGGUCUAUAAAAUCAGUAUUCAGAGUGAGCAGAGCUUACUUGAUUGUUUGAACUUCCUGGUGAUGUUGUCUGAGUUUCUAACAUUUCAAAUUUGUAUUGAGUGCACACAGAGAAUGUAUUUAAGUCCAGUUCUAUGUGAUUUGCACAACUCUUAUUUGCUGAUUUAUUUCUUGACAUGUUUUGAAGCAUCUAUGUUGUGUUAAUUUAUUGUUUGGACCACAACUAUAAAUACACUGUACAAUAUGUGUGCAUGAUGUAUUUUUUUUUAAUUAUCUUUAUUGUUUUGUUUAUUUAUAUAUUAUUCCAUAGUAAGGCAAUUUAUUGAACAGGGAAUGUACGUCACUGUGUGGCAAUGAAUGUGUUU